UCCAGUGGUGGAGGGCAAAGAUUCUCACUGACAAAAGGGGGGAAUUGGUCUUCUUUCUCUCUCUCAUCAGGAAGGAGAGUCAAAAUUUAUUAUUAAAAAAAAAGGUAGAAAUAUAGUAUUUAUUUUGAGGGGGAGGGGUACUCUCUCUUCAGCCCUGCCUUCUGCACAUGCUCAGCUCUGCAACAACUGUGUUCCCAGAUGGAGAGGAUGCAGGGGGAUGGAGAGGUGGAUCACCUGGAGCAACCAAGCCCACUGACGGACAAGGAGCGGGUGAUGGUCCAGGACUCCUGGACUCAAGUCUACCAGAACUGUGAUGACGCUGGCGUUGCAAUACUAGUCAGGCUGUUUGUGAACUUCCCCUCAUCCAAGCAAUUCUUCAGCCAGUUCAGGCACAUGGAGGAGCCAGAGGAGCUGGAGCGCAGCACCCAGCUCAGGAAGCACGCUCAUAGGGUCAUGACCGCCAUCAACACGCUGGUGGAGAGCCUGGACAACUCAGACAAAAUGACCUCUGUGCUGAAGCUGGUGGGCACGGCCCACGCAGUCAGACACAAGGUGGAGCCUGUGUACUUCAAGAUCCUGAGUGGUGUGAUACUGGAAGUACUGGGGGAAGCGUUCCCAGAGGUCAUGACACCGGAGGUGGCCGCGGCGUGGACCAAACUCCUGGCCACAGUCUACUGCGGUAUCAGGGCCGUCUAUGAGGAAGUGGGCUGGAAUAAGCUCUCGACUUCAACUGGGUGAAACAUUAAGUCUGGUCUCACAGGGCCAUGCACACAAAGAGACUCCUAUUUUUUAUUUUUUUAUUCUUUAGUUUGGCCAGAGCCUCAUUAAAGAGUGGGGGUGGGUUGAUGUAAUCUAGGAUAAUAAUGGCUGAUGGAACUUACGCUCUAAUUUUGUAUUCGUGUAAAGGACCAAACCAUUUGACGGAGCAAAGAGAGAAGAAAAUGCCAAUGUAAACCCAACACUGGUCAAGAGGUCACAUUUGACUUGGAUGUGCCUUCUACUGAAUGUGUAAACUGCGAUGUACUGUAAAUACAUAAUCUUUCUAAGUAUCGUGAUGUUUUACUGAUGUUUCCUUGUCUGUAUGCACUUGUGUCCCCCACUUAAUCAGGCCGGAAAGAUUUUUUUUUUUUUUUAGCAGUUAAUCAUUACGACUUCUUUGUUUUUUUUCAAUAUGACUCACCUUUGUAUCUGUGUUCAACACAAUU